GUCAGGCUGUCACGCGUUUGGAGGCGAGGUCAGACGAGCUCCGGGUUCUCGGGAACAGAGCGCCUGCCUCCCUUGCAGGAGGAGCCCGGCAGGUCGUCGGGAGGCGGGGAGCCGAGAGUCCUUUGGCUCGCCUUUCGUUCCGACGACCAAACACGCGCAGCGGCGGUGCUCGGAAGCAACAGUCGCUGUCCGCUCUUCGUGGUGCUGAAACCGACGCGCGUGGGGGAAAUCUUCGGACUGGCGGAGCUGUCCAUCCUCUGCCGGUGCUGAAGGUCCCACCCGACUCUCUGCAGAGCCCAGCCCUAUCCUCAAUGGGAAACGAGGAGUCCAGCCACAGGAGCAGCAAGAGAGCAAUAAUGCUGAUCUGAACUGAAAGCAGGCAGCUGGGCUUCCAGAAGCCAGCCAAGUCCGAAGGGGCUGCCUUUCCUUCUCUGCUUUGGGCCGAAGCUAGCCCUGUUCAUUCUACUCCCCGGCUCCCCGACAGAGUUUAGCAAUGGCUUUUAUGGUGAAGUCUAUGGUGGGUGGACAGCUCAAGAAUCUAACCGGUGGAUUGGGAGGAGAAGAGAAAGGAGAAGGAGAGAAGUCUCCAGCUGAAGCUCAAGGCAUGACAAGGGAAGAAUAUGAAGAAUAUCAGAAGCAGCUGGUGGAGGAAAAAAUGGAGCGGGAUGCCCAGUUUGCCCAGCGUAAGGCGGAGCGUGCAACGCUGCGGACACACUUCCGAGACAAAUACAGGCUGCCCAAGAACGAAACAGACGACAACCAAAUCCAAGUGGUCGGGGGGGACGUGGAGCUCCCGAAAGAGCUGGCCAAGAUGAUUGAGCAAGACAACGUGGAAGAAGAGGAAAAGGACUCUGUUAUUGGGCAGCUGACCAACAUCCAGAACCUGGAUAUAGAUUCUCUGAAGGAUAAAGCCCAGGCCACCCUGGAUGACCUGAAGCAGUCGGCCGAGAAGUGCACCGUCAUGUGACAUGGAUCCUGCUCAUCAGCAGGAUUGGAAAAAAGAAAAGCAAAGACCCCAGUUGUAAACAUGUUCCAUUGCUGGGUGGGUGCGCGGGUUUGUGGGAGAGAGUGAUCCCUAGGAGAGCAAGUGUGGUGGGUGGUUUAUGAAAAUGAUCUCGCAGACUCCCACUGAGUUUUGUCUUCCUUGCCUCUGUGUGAACAGGAUACCAUUCCCCCCCCUCCUCCCCACAAACCGUGAUUCCCUCCUUGUCAACAGACACCUUAUUUGUCCCAUCCCUGUAAAGUGAACAUGCAGCGUGUGUGUGUUUGACAGCCUCAGGGUAGAACAAGAUUCUUGUGUCGUCCUUCCUUGAUGGCCCCAUUUGGCAAGUUUCGUUGUAAGUGGCCAACCCCCCCCCUUCCAUUUCUCAUGUCAGCCUCUCAAUGGUGAAGGAAGAAAGCCAUUACUAUUCUAGGACUUUAUAUCUGAAUGUGAAUGUUGACCUUCACUCUUAUCAGGAUGAAGGGCAUUAGAAGCACAGGGGAUGUCAAAAGCAUAUAUUCUUGUAAAAAAACACACACACAUACAUAUAUACACACACAGGCCAAUUGGCCUUCAGAAAUCCUAACCGAGGAGUCAUAUGAUGACCUUACCUUCUCUGUGUCUUCCAGAUUGGAAAAAAAAUGGAGGGAAAGGCCCUCCUUUUCCCCCACAUCCAGAGCAAUACAGACAAACAGUGACAAUGCUUUGCACUUAAUGGCACCUCAGACGUUUUCACGCUCCCCCAAUUUUACAGAGUGGGAAAACUGAGGCACAAAAUAGUCAGGCUUUUUGCCUCAGACCAUAAAGCCAGGCAAGAACUAUAAUCCAACUGGUUGGUGCUCCAUCAAUCAAAGGCAUCGGCUGCCCUGUGGGUGUCGUUGUGCUCGUGGUGUUGCUGUUGUCGUUCUGAUUCCACAUGUAACACAAUGCCAUGGGACCUCUCGUUGUCCGUGCUUCCAACAUCAGGAGAAAGGGUAUAGUUCCCUGUGUGUAAUGAAUGUGGCAGUCAGCCUGUCUAUAUGUUGUGCCGUGACUAUGCAGUGUUUGUGUACGAGCCUCUUCUGCCUGCUAUUGACACCCCCUUGUUUCCAAUGUACUGUUAAAAAUGGUGGAAUAAAUACAAGAUUUCUC